AAAAGGCUCGGUCUCCCCCUCCUCUCUCUGGCGUCAGAAAUAGAAGCGACCAGAUCGGAUUUGGCAACGGGCGAGGGUGGAUCGUGCCGGCUCGGAAGGCGCACCGGGCGGGCUUGCUGCGCGCACAAGCGAGGCGGCGACGAAGGGAAAACGAAUUAAGCAACAACCGCUACCUGACAUUAGAUCUCAGAUCGCCCCCCCUCCUACUCACUGGAUCCGAGGGAGCCGAUCCCGCCGCCCCCCUCCUCGAACUGCCCCAAAGGAAUUCGUAAUAAUUACGCACGGAGCCGGGAGGUGCAUUAGAAACCAGAGGAGCGGGACGAGGCGCACGAAAGGGGUUUGAAGGCGCGCUUUGGAGACCGCGAUCAUGGCGCUGGAUUUCCUCGCAGGCUGCGUAGGAGGUAAGCGCUGGCGGGCGAUUCCGCGCUGCCAGGAGAAGCGGAGCUGCUCUAUUGUUAUCUAUCUUUGCGCGAUCCAGUUAUGUAAGGAAGCCGGGGCGGGGGCGAGAGAGAGACACAGCAUCUGGGCUGCCCGUGUCUGCGCCUUUGGAGAGCCUCGUGUGUGCGCGCGUUGCUUGGCGCACUGCAGCGGGGAUGUGCUGCCUACCCGUCCGCCUGCCUCCGAGAGAGGGUGGGGGCACAUUGCACGCUUGGAAGGGAAGGAAGAGGCACCGCGGGAAGCCUUGGCGCGAUGGGUGCCUCCUUACCUCUUCUUGCACCCCUGUCUCCCUCCUCAAAUUCGUGACUUGCUUCGGUGCCUUGGCGCGCCGGCGCCAGCUCUCUCUCCGCUGCCCGCAUUGUCCCUGAGGCCCGAGGGGGCCAUUGUCCCUCUCGGCGCCGACACUGCACCGGUGCCCAUAAAGGCAGAGCCGGUGAGUCAGCGCUCGGCGAUCGGCUUCCCUUUUCCCUCCUGCCAGAAACUCUCCGAGGGGGUCUGCCUGCCACCUCCUCGAACAGGGCUGGAACUGCGCGAAAUCGAAGCGGGCAUUGUGCGCUCAGACGCCCAGCCUCCCUUGUUUCCUUGGGCUUCGCCUAUUGAAACUUUCCCCUCCGAGCCAGGGAUUUUAUUUGGGCCGGGUCUUGGAUCUCUACUGUUGUGGAAGUGAUCCUUGUUGAAGUAGCGGGUGCCUCUGAGCACGCGCAGAGUUCAGUUCUCCCUUCCCACUGAGCGCACACCAUCAACCUUCCCUGUGAGAUGUGAGCUUUGUGAGGCCGAGGGAGUGGUCUUGCGCAAGGUCCUUUCCCUUAACUGGGCGAAGGUAUUUCUGCGCGCCCCCGCGGCUCAUAGCUGACCCCUCCCCCAACCCCUCUGAAGGGAAGUUCUCUAGCAUUCCAACCCCCUCUAACCCUUAUUAUAGGGCUGUGUUCUGUAGGAAGGUGGGGCUGUGGACCAAUUUCCUGAAGUGUCUUGUGCUGGAGGGACAAGCAAGAACCUCCUUCCUCUGGGGGGGGGGGGGGACAGAGCAAAAAGGAAACAAAUGGACUUCUUCUGCCAAGGGAUGCCACUCACCUCUCUGCUAGCAUAUUUUGGGGGGGGGGGAGCGGCGGCAUGGGCGUAGCCAGGAUUUAUGUUGGGGACAGGACCUGUCAUCACCCUCAGUCUGGCAGAGGCGGAAUGAAAUGCCUCAACAACAGUUGUUUUCAAUUCCUUUCUUUUGACCUCAAGUGGUCAGAAAAAUCUGCCAGGGUCUUUGAUAGAACGCACCACAACACCAUCCAAGUGACCUCAAAUAUUCUGGUUAUUUCUACUUUUAGUCAAGAAUUUUAUUUAUUUGCUCGGUUUAGGGGGAGCAGUUGCCUCCCUGGCUACACCCAUAGAGGAUGGCGCUGUUUUUUGUGGUGUGGGGCUUCGAGUCUUAUUAUUUCUGCCCCUUUGAAAUUCUUGAGGUGUCCUUAUUGUGUGCACCGCUGGAGUGGUGACAGCCACUUUACCCAAUCUGUCCUCCCCCCCCCAAAAAAAAUCAUACAGGUUUGUAGCCAAUAUAAACCCAUUCAAGAUAAUGAAUAUGGCUACUCUGAGUAUGACUUGCUUGGAUAUAGCCUACAAUUUCAAAGUUAGCUUCCUCAUAGUGCUGGAUGGGUUUCCCCCCUUUUUUAUUUUAGCUGCAUUAGGAACUUGCAGCAAGAAUAAUAAAGAUCAUGGCGCCUUAAAAACUAGCAUCUUUAUUAUGGCAUAACCGCUUGUGGGCUAAAACACAAUUUGGCAGGUGCUCAUGUCCCAAGAUUGUAUGUUUUGAGGGGAGAAAGAGAGAGAAAGAAGAAACAAAGUGUGUGUCUCCUUGCCUUGAUUUUGAUGAAGCAAUGCAGGUCUGACUCUGGAGAUGUCGUCUUCCUCCAGUGAAAGUUACAACAGCGAGUAGCUGGCUGGUUUCAGCCUAUUGAGGCUUUCCUUCUCCCUUCUGUUGUUGACUUCCCUCUUCUCUCUCCCCCGCUCUGCAGGCACAGUUCGGGGUUAUGUAGAACACUCUGUACUUAAUAUCUUCAUCUGCUGCAGUUUUAAGUAUGCCACUUUGCGUGUGAUUUUUAAGUCCUUGCCAAAUCGGUUUUAAUAAGAUUAACACAGCGGCACUCAAUUGGAUCCUUAAAGGAAGAAAUUAACAGGAGCCUGUUGACAUUUUAACCCUGCUUUAUUUUUGAAGGUGCUAUGCAGAAAAUAUUUAAAAAUAUGUAGGCUGAAAAACAUCAAUCCCCCUAGCCAUACUUGUUCAAAUACUUGCUUUAAAAAUGUGGGGUUGUUGUUUUUUUUAAGUACUUGCAUCACUUCCUACAGCAAUUGCAUGCUUACCACAAUCUUAUUAGAGCACUAGCACUUGGUCUCAGAUACAGUGGCUAACCUGUGUUUCCCUUUAGAUAUUGUGGGACUGUCAUUCCCAUUAUCCUUGGUCAUCUGCCAUACUGGCUGGGGCUGAUGGGAGCUGGAGUCUAGGAAUUGCAUCCAGUAAAGUUAUUCUGUUUUGUGAAAGGACCUCUGCUUGUGCAAUGUAACUUCCUCUCCUCCUCUUCUCAACCCAUACCCUUUCCCCAUAAUUUCUACUGGGGGGGUCAGAAGAGGUGCACAAGCAGAGGUCUUUGGGUGAAUAGGAUGAGUUGAUUGGAUACAGUCUUAAGAUGAGCUUGGAGUUUCCUUCCCCAUCUCCCCAUGUGUUAAGAUGCACCUUGAAGGCUCUGCUCAUUUGACUGCCUACAACAUCCAUCAGGUUGGCAGCCACAAAAGACGCCGCCUUCUCGGUGGUGUCCCCACCGUCAGUUAGAGAACUCCCUUCUAACAAGAUUGUGGUUGUCACCCCUACAAAUCAGACCUUCGGAAUGGUCUUGAACUCAUCUGUUCUGGGUAUUCUUCUCCAGGGUUUUUGGUUUCGCAAUCAGUCCUGCUUCCCAGGGAACUCUGGGAUUGUAGCUCUGUUAGGGAGGAAUAGGAGUCUCCAAACAACAUUUAGCACCCUUAAUAAAAUACAUUUCCCAGGAUCCUUUGAGGGAAGCCACAAAUAUGGUAGGGCUGAGUCCUAUAAAGGUAAAGGAUCCCUGGACAGUUAAGUCCAGUCAAAGGCAACUAUGGAAUGCGGCGCUCAUCUCACUUUCAGGCCAAGGGAGCCAGUGUUUGUCCACAGACAGCUUUCCAGGUCAUGUGGCCAGCAGGACUAAAGCACUUCUGGUGCAACGGAACACCAUGACAGAAACCAGAGUGCACGGAAAUGCUGUUUACCUUCCCACCACAGUGGCACCUAUUUAUCUACUUGCACUGGCGUGCUUUCGAACUGCUAGGUUGGCAGGAGCUGGGACCGAGCAACAGGAGCUCACUUUGUCGUGCAGAUUCGAACCGCCAACCUUCUGAUCAGCAAGCCCAGGAGGCUCAGUGGUUUAGACCACAGCGCCACCCGCAUCCCUCCUACCUGAGUCCUAUAGACAGCAACCGUGUGACUUCUGUAGUCUUCUGUGCUUUGCAAAUAGUUGCUUCUGUGGUGGGUUAUAGUGGUAGAAUGCCAGAUUGUCUCAUAAUGCCUUCUUCUUCAUUUCAGGUGCUGCCGGCGUGUUGGUAGGACAUCCAUUCGAUACUGUUAAGGUGGGUUGAUUUUCCACAGGCUUACUUAAUCAUAAACAUUUAGGCCGAAGAUAGCACUAGCCCUUAUGAGUAGAAAGGGUUUUUGUUUUUUAGAAUUCAGAUGUUUUGGACCCAUUAAAUAAAAAUCCUCAUAGGCCAAAUCCUGGUAUAGAGAUCUUGAAUUAGAUUUUCAGACAUACUGAAGCAUUGAAACAUCCCACAGUGAAGCCAAAUUAGCAGCAGAUUAAAAAGUUCCAAAUUGAUAGUCCCCCUUUACUCAAGUGCUCUGAUUAUUGGGUCUUCAGGACCCCCCCCCCUUUUUUUUUAACUCAGCAAUCCAGCAGCAUCUAGCAAAAAUGCUUAUGGAAGAUGCAGAUUUUUAGGACUAAUGCAAAAAACAGGUGGGGGGGUUGCACUGCACUUAAAGGUGCAUUGUUGAUGUUUGCUACAUUUUUUUGUUUUCCUGCUCGCUUUGGGGAAACAUACAUUUGUUAAUUAUAUUUCCCGGAUGACAGUUUGCAACAUGAUGAAACAGUCUUGCUAAUUAACAUGCUUCCUCCCACCCUUGGGGAAAUAUUGUGAGCUCACAAAGGAAUACUUUUCUUCUUCUUUUUCUCUCCCCGCCCCCUGGUCCGGGAAGCUGACAUUUAAUUGGUUGAACUCAAAACAGAAGUGGCCGAUUGCGGGUGGGAAAUGAGAUCCAAUUAGGCAUAUCACUUAAAAUCUGUGCCUGCACAGCAGUCAAAUAGCAUCUCAAAACAGGACUGGACUGGCCCAUGGAUUGGAAUGCAUGAGUCUAAGCUGGGCUUUAGUCAUUUGCACGCUUGCUUGAGAGCAAGCCUCAUUGAACGCUGUAGGGCUUACUUCUGAGUACCCAUGCACAGGAUCAAGUAAAUCCAAUAAUUUCAGCUUAAGUGUGGGUUGGAGCAAGGGUUUAAGGAUCUUCUGGCUGAGGAAAUGUGCUGAUUAACAUUCAUAACCUUAAAACAUCCCAUACUUAAUAGGUGCAACAAUUAUGGAUGAAAUGUGAAGUCUGUUGGUUUGUAGCUGUAAAAUUCAGUCAUUUCAUGCAAUGGUGUAUCCUUUGCUUGAGAAACCGUUUCCAUUGAGUCCGUUGAAUUUCCGUUGAAUCCCAUUUUGUCCCAUAGGGGAUAAUACUAUGAUCCUUCAUUUUAUGGACAUGUUUGCAGAACCAAAACUCUGACUGACUGGUUUUCUUAAUCUUCUUCACUUCUUCUUUUUUAACUUAAUGGAAUUGGGCUUAGCUGAGAGGGUGAAGGCAUAGUCUGGCACCCUGAACUGAAACCUUUUUUUUUUUUUUAAAUUUUAGUAUAUUUCUAUCCCACCUUUCUUCCAUCAUGGAACUCAAGGUGGUGUCCAUGGGAUUCCUAGGCGGUCUCCCAUCCAGGCAUUGACCAGACUCAUACCUGCUUAGCUUCAGAGUGGUGCCUGCAGCAUGUGCCCUCGGACCACAUCUUGGGACCAGGAAAUGCAUUUACUUGGAAGCACAUUCCAUUGAGCAUACUUGCAAAGCAAAUGUAUUCAGGGAUGGGGUAUUAGUUAAUUACGAUGGAUAUACAAAUCCCUCAGUUAACUUGCUACCAUGUUGUUGAAGGUACAAUGACAUUACUAACAAUGCAAAGGGGGGGAUUCUGUUUUAAGGUUGCAAUCCUAUACACACUUAUCAUGGGAGUAAGUGAACUUAACAGGACUUAUUUCCGAGUGGACAAUUAGAGAGGAUCGUGCUGUCAGUUACCAGUUGCAUAUCCUGUCCAUGUUUACUGGAAGUCAUUCCCAUCGGGGGACUUGUUCCCAAGAAAGUCUGCACAGGAUUGCAAAUAUUAGACUAACUUACUGUACUUUAAUCUGCUAGGUAAUAAUAACCUGGUCUUGUAAAAAGGCAGUUUAUGCAGAUCUAAAUCUCGUGUCGCUGCAUUAAGCCCUAUAACUCUUUCCUUGUGAGUCCCGUAACUUACCUGGAUGGCUAAACAUUUCUUAGCUUUCAUUUUAUUUUUUAAAUUUAUCUUUUAAAGCAAAUUUUCUAAAGGCCAACUUCAUUUUGAAACUAUAAAUACAUCUUGGGGAGGGAUCCAAAGCAAAGCUUAAUUUCCUCUCUGAAGCUUGUUUUUUCCACUAGUUGCACAGAUAAAGCAAUGUCUGGGUUUUGUGGGAACCUGGUGGGGGAGAUGAAAAAACAUCAGAGAUGUUGAACUGAACCUGAACCAGGUCUUCUUCGAGUGGCAAAUCCUUUCCUGCUCCUCCUCCUCCCCCCCAGUUUGUUGAUGUAAUGUGUACAAUUGCUUUGUUGCUUAACUGCCUUUACUUUCUGAGCUAGGGGCUGUCUUCAUUAACAGCAAAAGUGUUACUUUGUUGUAGAUGACAGAUAAGCCUCAUCACGGGAGAGUUACCUAGUAAGUAUAGACCAGGUGAACCUUCUGUUUCUCUCGGUCUUAAUUUUUUCCAACAUGUAUGAUUAGUUCAAGUUUUAUAAAGACAACAAAAAAUAAUAAUAAAAAUUACCAGGAAACCAUAUGUAGUUUAUUCCCUUCCUCUUUCUUUUUUUUUUUCCUUUUUAGUUUAAAAAUGUUUCUCGUGCUCUGAAGUGGAGGGGGUGGGGAUUUGCAGUAUGCAAGGUUUAUUUUGAAUACGAGCUUGUAAAAGAAAACCUGACUUUGUUUUGCAUUCGUUUUCCUAGAGUGCACUAAAAAGAUUUUAUAUGCUUUUUUACGUGCUUAAAAAAGAUUUUAUAUAUGUACUUUGUGGAACAAAACUUGUGAAUUCUGUUUUCAGCCACUCCUUAAAUUGAGGUUCCCACUUUUAAUAUUUAUUUAUUUAUUUAUUUAUUUAUUCCCCCCUGCCACACGCAAAUGUUAUAACCAUAUCUGUAUUGAUGCAUUUUUAGGUGUUGGUACUUGGUUGGUCUGUGGGGUUCACUCUCAGUGUGUGUUUUCAAUUUGAAUUUUAAGUGUUUUUAUAUGCCAGGGUUCAGCUUCAGCAGUAUUGAAAGAAGGAAACUGGCAUAAUGUAAUGGGAAUGGUAUAGAAAAUUGCAUUAUGGCAAAAAUGUAAGAACCUUAGAGCAUCUGCGUGGUAAUGUUUUAACAGGCCGCAAAGAGAGACUGCCCCACAAUGCUUAAAAAAGCAUUAUUGGUUAAAAAAACUGUAGGUCCCUCAAAGCAGGAUUUUCUGACUCUAUUGUCUAAAAUACAGGCAGCUUCUUUAAGAUUUAGGGUUCAUAAAAAUUGGAUAUAUUUCACAUAUCUGUUAGUUAGCUGCGGUCUAAAAGGAAAAACUAUGAACUCCAUUCCUGAUCGCCUGUAGAAUAUUCUUGUUCAUCAUAGGCAACCAGACAAGUAGCUGUUUAUGGACCUCAACUAACAUCCUUUAAAUUUGGCCAUUCAUGACCACUGAGUAGAUCCUCGCCGGCCUUAUUUCAUAGCUGAGAAUAAUGACGUGUGCUAAUGAAACCUCAGAUAGCUUGAAGUAAGGGGGACAAGCACCAUCCCCUAUUAAUCAUUCCCAUCUCAUGCAGACUUGAGCACUAAACUGAGUGACUCCCAAAAUACUGACCAUUUUUUAAAUUGCCUGCUAUGGCACUUUGGUGUCAGGACUGGGUGCACAUCGAUGCACCUUAUGUGUGCCCAGUCAAAGGUGCUGUCAUACUUCUGCCUGCUGAUUUUCAUUUAUUUUGUUUGCCAUGCCAACGAAUUCUCACUACGUUUUGUAGGUACGCCUUCAAGUUCAAAAUGUGGAGAAGCCACUUUACCGGGGGACCUUGCACUGUUUUCAGUCCAUCAUAAAGCAAGAGACGGUGAGUAGCUUGUUCAGUGAUUGUGCUCUUCACUCAUGUUUUGCACUGUAUUCAAGGGAGAAGGAGCCUUUCAUGAAUAAAGCCUAGGAGCUCCUUUUCACCAUGGGUGUCACGGGAGCUGCUUCAGCAGCAGCAAGGCUCUUUUCCUGUCACCUUUCAUGUCACUUCAGAAUUCGCCAGGCCACUUUGGAUUGCUAGACCAGAAUACCAGUUUCUGGAAACCACAGGUGCGGGAGAGUGUCCUUGUGCUCAGGUCCUGCUUGAAGAUUUCGCACAGGCAUCUGGUUGGACACUGUGAGAACAGGAUGCUGGACUAGAUGGGCCAUUGGCCUGAUCCAGCAGGCUGUUCUUAUUGUUCCUAUGGGAGGAGUUUGCAAUGCGGCUGUGCAGAGGAGCUCCAACUGGAUCCUCUCACAUGAUCUGUGGUUGCUAUCUUGCAUUAACUAGCCCGUUACAGCUCUCACACUACAAAUUUUAAUUAGAGAUCUGACCCUUGGGUUCCCCUUUCACUUGGACGCCUAGAUGACAGCUGAAGGCCAAAAGUACCUUCAGCCAACUUCAUCUGCUAUGCCAAAUAGACUCUUUUUCUUGGAGGAAUCAGAUCAGCCUGAGGUCUUUCCUGAUCUCUUCACCUCCAGGUUAGAUUAUUGCAAUGUGCUGUCCUUGAAGACGAUUCAGAAAUUUCGGAUAGACUGUAGUUGUCAGGGGUUAUGACCCGAGUUGCUCCAUCAGCUCAUGUUAGCUGAUCUUCUUCUAGGGUGCUGGUCUCUAGAUGGCUUCCAGGCUCCAUUCAAGGUGCUGUUCUUUGCUCUUUAAAGUUCUAAACUAUCAAAGAAUAUCUCAAGAAUCACCUCCCCCCACAGGGCUUGGCUCAAGAACUCCAUUCUAGAUCCAAGCCACUCUUUCAGGUUCCCUCACCAUCAAGAGUGUCCUUGUGGAGGUCCUUCUCAGUAGUGGAACAGCCUCCCAGGGUGGGGUCUGGUCACAUCACUGAUUGGACAAUGAUGACUAUUUUAUUUCAGUGCAUCUCGUGAGAAUUUUAACGUUCCAUUAGGAUUUAAUUGCCUCUGUUGCUGAUGCCAUUUGCUUUAAAGUCUGCUGUUUUUAAAAAACAUUUUUUGUGGUUUUUAACUAGUAGAUGCUUAUUGUGCCAUCUCUUUCAUUCUUUUGUUUCUAUACCGUGAUUUUAUUGUUUUUACGACUGUACAAAAAGUGCCUUAUAGAAAGGCAGACAGUUGUUCGAUCGCUACGGUUAAAAUGAAGUUCGCCUAAAUGGAUUCCAGUGGAAACUAGUUAGCUCAAUGUUUCGGCUUAUAAAAGUAAAGUACAGGCACAUUAACUGGUUUUUAGCCAUCUCACACACACCAUAACUGGCAUAUUUUCUGCUCUCACUGGAGCAAAUUAUUAGAGCCGUUGCCCCGAGAAUGAGUCUUAGACUCUUCCACUUUGGAAUGGGGAACAGAGAAGACUUGCAUAUGUUUGAGCAGACCCCCAUGAGAAAAAAAACCAAAAGUAACUCUAAGAAACAAAGGGACAAAUUAGGGAAAAAAGGAUAAAUGCAACACCAAACUAAAGAAGUUAAACUACAAAUAGCACCUGAUUAGGGGCCCUAAUCAACAUUGGCACUGCAAACUAGUGGUGAGGAUUGUGGGCAAUUUUUUUAUCAGGACCACAAUAUGUGGGUGGUUUUCUUAAAAGCAGAGAUCUUAGGCCCAGGUGCCAUAUGUGGCCCUCCAGACCUCUUUCUGUGGCCAUCAGCACUCUCCCCAGGCCACACCCCCUCACCAGCCCUCCACCCACUUUUGCCUCUUCCCCCACCCCCACGAUUGGCAUGUGGCCCUAGAAUGUAGCCCAGCAGGGCUUUGUGGCCCUUGGGUUGAGAGAUGCCCCUCUACCCCUGUUUUAAAGCAGGGGAAGUUCCUCACAACACCCGUAACAGUUGCCUUGGAAUUUGGCUCCCUGCAGAUCAGAGAGAGGUUUAGCUUAGUCAUGUUCCUGGUGUGCCAGUUUUCCCUACGAAGGGGCUCGUGAUACGCGAAGGCACGACUUAAUCUUGCUUCGCUCCUGCCCAGAUGUAACUAGCAGCUGAUAACUGAAUGGGAAGUGAAACCAAAGUUAAGUAACUUCCCUAAGGGACGUGUCGAAAUAGCUCUACAGGUCAGUAAGGGAAGAUCCCCAAUUGGCCACAAUAAAUACUCCUCAUGCCGCAAUGAUGGACUUUUCUUCCAAAUGCUAAUGGAAGCGUGAUCGGAACAGGGGCUUCCCCAUCUGCAGCUAGCCAUUAAUCAUGCGACUGCUCCUUGGUUGGUCAAAGAGCCACAUGGGCAGCCAUGUGACGCUUCCUUAGUCAUGACUUGACAUAUAAUAAUAAUACUUUAUUAUUUAUACCCCGCCCAUCUGGCUGGGUUUCCCCAGCCACUCUGGGCAGCUUCCAACCAAAUAUUAAAAACAAUAGUGCAUCAAACAUUAAAAACUUCCCUAAACAAGGCCGCCUUCAGUUGUCUUUUAAAAGUAAAAUAGUUACUUAUUUCCUUGACAUCUGCUGAGAGGGCGUUCCACAGGGCGGGCGCCACAACCGAGAAGGCCCUCUGCCUGGUUCCCUGUAACCUCACUUCUCACAGGGAGGAAAGUGCCAGAAGGCCCUCGGAGCUGGACCUCAGUGUCCGGGCAGAACAAUGGGGGUGGAGACAUGGCCAGUUGCUGCUGUCAUCAACUUUCUGCCUCCUCCGUAGCUGUACACACACCAAUAUACGUUUACAAGUACUCAACCAGUUGCCGCAGUUGUACGAUUCUGUACGGUUUUUGAGAACUUUAUGAUAGAUGGAAGACAAAUACAGUGGUACCUCGGCUUACAGACACUUCAGGUUACAGACUCCACUAACCCAUAGUACCUUGGGUUAAGAACUUUGCUUCAGGAUGAGAACAGAAAUCGUGCGGUGGCGGCAGUGGGAAGCCCCAUUAGCUAAAGUGGUGCUUCAGGUUAAGAACAGUUUCAGGUUAAGAAUGGACCUCCAGAACGAAUUAAGUUCUUAACCCGAGGUACCACUGUAGCCCAGAAAAACUCUUUGAGAUAUAGUUACCAGGUACUGAUUUUAAAUGCAGCUACUUCCGAAGGAGUACUUAGGAAAAGUGAACCUAAUUCAGUGGGACAGAAGGAGCUUUCUAAUGUUAUUCAUGGAGUUUAAGCACAACAUAUUUGCCCCUGUGCCAUAUGAAAUGGGGUCACGAAGUUUGGUUUCCAUAAAACAAACCCCACCAAACGUUGCAGCUCCUUUUAAGAUGUGAGCAUCCUUAGGAUGUGGGGGUUUGUUUCAAGAUAGCAUUCAAGUGUGCUGGGAUUUCUCCUCACAUUAAGGGGAAAGAUAACUAAACAGAGGCUGGGCACAGUCUUGGGAACAUAGAAAGCACCUUUAUAACGAGUUAGACCAUUGGUCCAUCUAGUUUAGAAUAGUCUACACCGAUUGGCAGUAGCUCUCCAGGGUUUGGGAGAGGGGUCUCUUGCAGCUCUGCCAGAGGAUGCUGAGGACUGAACCUGAGGCCUUCUGCAUGCAAAGCAGAUGCUCAAACACUGUGAGGGGCCCCAACUCUCAAGCUGGUUUGUGGUGGCUGAGGGCUGAAGGCAGAUGGGGAUUCUUUGAAAAAUUGCAUCCUCUUUUUCAUUAGCAGACGGCUUUGCUGGCUUCAAAGCCCUUCUAUGAGCCCAAUGGGACAUUUUGACCCCCACCCUAUGAGUUAUUGUGGGUUCAGAGAAGUUUGUGGCAAUUUUGCCUGUCUCCAUCCCUUGCCCAGAAGGGAUUACUGUCUAAGUCUUUAAAGUUGGGAUCAUAGAAUUGUAGAGUUGGAAGGGAUCUUGAGGAUCAUCUAAUCUGAUCCCUUGCAAUGUGGGAAUAUGCAGCUGUUCCAUAUGGGGAUCAAACCUGCAACCAUGGCAUUAAGAGCACCAUGCUCUAGCUGACUGAGCUACUGAAGGGUGUGCAUGCCCUAAGGAAGUAAAGGAGGCAGAUAAUAAUAAAUGUCUAUUUCCAACUCAACUUAAAGCUUUCUUGUUGCAACUGCUAUCCAUACCCACUCAAACAACAUUGUCAUGACACAGGGAGAAAUAACUUGAGGGAAGGCGUGUUGACAAAAGGAUUGAGAUUUCUGAAUUCUUACUGGUUAGCUGAGGCAGGGUCAUAGCCCAGCGACAGAGCCUCUGCCCUGCAUGCAGAAGUUCCCAGGUUCAGUCUCCAGGUAGGGCUGGGAAAUGCUGCUGUCUGCCAGACAGUGUAGACGCAGGUGGUGCUGUCGUCAAACCACUGAGCCUCUUGGGCUUGCCGAUCAGAAGGUUGGCAGAUGCGGAUUCCCGUGACGGGGUGAGCUCCCAUUGCUCUGUCCCAGCACCUGCCAACCUAGCUGUUUGAAAGCACGCCAGUGCAAGUAGAUAAAUAGGUACUGCUGCAGCAGGAAGGUAAAUGGCGUUUCCGUGCGCUCUGGUUUCCAUCACAGUUUCCUGUUGCAUCAGAAGGGGUUAGGCAUGCUGGCCACAUGACCCGGAAAGCUAUCUGUGGACGAACGCUGGCUCCCUCAGCCUGAUGAAUGCCGCAACCCCAUAGUCGCCUUUGACUGAAGUUAACCGUCCAGAGGUCCUUUACCUUUGCCUUUUUGCAACACUGAACUAGAUAGAUGAAUGGUCUCACGUGGGGUGAUGCUAGCCUAACCUAUUUCUUAACCGGAAUAGAAGGUUGCAGGAACCUUCAAGUGAAACAUUUUGAAGGCUGUGAAGAUUUUUAUGCGUUAAAUGGAAUCACAGGCAGGAUUAAAUUUUCAGCAGUGGAUGCAAAAUAAAAUAUAACAGUAAUGAAAGUAUUGUGGAAUAAAUACGUAUAAUGCAACCUGGAAAGGUAGGAAGUUGACUUUGGAAUUUGGUAUUAAAUCUGAUGUUUUUAAAAAGAACUGAAUAAAAAUGACUUGGCUAAUAUUAGCCAAGUCUUUCUUAUUUAUUUAUUCAUUCAUUCAUUCAUUCAUUCAUUCAUACCUACCCUGCCCAUCUGGCUGGGUUCCCCCAGCCACCCUGAGCAGCUCCUAACAGAAUACCAACAACAACAAUAAAGUGAUAAAAUAUCAAACAUUAAAAACUUCCCUAAACUGGGCUGCCUUCAGAUGUCUUCUAAAAGUCAGAUAGUUGUUUAUUUCCUUGACAUCUGCUGGGAGGACAUUCCACAGGGCGGGCGCCAAGACCGAGAGGGCCCUCUGCCUGGUUCCCUGUAACCUCACAUCUUGCAGAGAGGGAACUGCCAGAAGGCCCUUGGAGCUGGAUCUCAGUGUCCGGGCAGAACGAUGGGUAUACCUUCAGGUAUACUGGGCCGAGGCCAUUGCGAGCUUUAAAGGUCAGCAGCAACAUUUUGAAUUGUGAAGAUGGUUCACCAAAUGCCAAUUUCUCCCUUCUGUUUUCUCUCUCCUAGACCUUUGGACUUUACAAAGGCAUUGGGUCACCUAUGAUGGGACUUACCUUCAUCAACGCCCUCGUGUUCGGCGUUCAAGGGAACACACUCCGUGCUCUCGGAAAGGACACUCCAAUGAACCAGUUCCUUGCCGGUUCCGCGGCCGGCGCCAUCCAGUGCGUCAUCUGCUGCCCCAUGGAGCUGGCUAAGACGCGGAUGCAGCUGCAAGGGACGGGCGAAUAUAAGCUGAAGUCCAAGAACUACAAAAACUCCCUGGACUGCUUGGUCAAGAUCUACCGGAAGGAAGGGCUGAAAGGCAUCAACCGGGGGAUGGUCUCCACGUUCAUGAGGGAGACGCCCAGCUUUGGCUUCUACUUCCUGACAUACGACUGCCUCACCAGGUACUUGGGAUGCGAGGCGGAGGACAGUUACAUCAUCCCCAAACUGCUCUUGGCGGGAGGCAUGUCUGGGAUUGUCUCCUGGCUCUCCACGUACCCCGUAGACGUGAUCAAGUCUCGCCUCCAAGCAGAUGGGGUCGGCGGGAUUGUGCGCUACCACGGCAUUCUGGACUGCGUCAGGAAAAGCUACCACGCCGAAGGCUUGAGGGUAUUCACAAGAGGCCUCACCUCCACGCUGCUUCGAGCUUUCCCCGUGAAUGCUGCUACUUUUGCCACAGUCACUGUCUUCCUCAUGUACAUGAGGUCGGAAGAGAACCAGAUCCGAGGUGAUCUAAGUGGAUGUGAGGCUGGUCCGGCGAUCCAGCAGCCUUCAAGCUUUUAGAUUCCCAAACGGAAGCAAGUGAUCUUCUUUUUAUUUUAUUUUUUCCUUUCUUUUUUUUUUUUUUUAAAAUCUGGAUGUAGAAACUGUAAAUUUCUGUCUGUAUAAAGCAUCCUUUUAUCGUUACUUAGGAUUUCACCUCCUUUAUGAAAGCAGCAGAUCUGUUCUAGAAAUCCAGGUAAUAAGAGGACUUGCUUUUUAUAUAUAUAUAUAAACAUUGUCUUAAAAAAAUAAUAAUAGACCUCAUCCUACCUUCCAGCAGUUCAUUAUUUGGCACAUGGCCUAGCUGCUGCUACAAACCUCAUAAAAGACCCCCAGCCUACCCUAUUCCCAUUCAGUAUUGAUAUAAGCCCCUAUGCAAGCAUUCUCCAUGCAUAAAUGGUGGAGAAGGGGCAGGGAGCAGCACUGGGGUCCUGAUUCUGUGCAGCACGUUAUGCUUGCACAGUUGAAUGUUGGUGGGUUUCCCUUGCAGACAAUGGCGCCAUGCAUGUUGGGAUGGCAAGGCAGCUGGCGCACAUUCUAGCAGGAUGGGUUUUCUUUGCCUUACGUGUUUCUGCUUGAAUAGAGAUGUGAGCCUUAUUCAGGCAUUUGCCUGAAAGUGUGUGGGAUAAAACGGAGGGAGGGGGGCAAGGGCAAGCACACAAAACUCCCUCUCUGAAUGUCUCAGUGGACUGGCUCCAUUUCUGACCUUUCCGUUUUGAGAGGGAAGAUGUAGAGAGGAAUUGCUAAGUGCAUUAGGAAACCUCGUCAAGAUCAGGACAUGUUGCCAUAUUUCAAAAACUGAAAGUCCAGCUUUUUUUUAGUUUUGCCCAAAGUUGUUGACUUUUUGGAGCUAUUUUUAAUGAAAAUCUGCAAAAAAAAAACUUGACACUGCCGGCAUGGGUUGCCAUACAUCCAGAUUUUCCUGGACAUUUUAGCUGAUUUCCACCCGGACACUGCUUCUGAUUCCAGCUAUGUCCGGGAAAUUCCGGACCUAUGGCAACCCUAAUGUUCACCCAAGCAGUUUUAAUCCCCUGCCCUCACAGCACGAAAAGAGAGAGGAAUCCAGAUGUGCUGGAAAACCUGGCUUCAGGUGGCGCUAAAGCCAUUGCCUAAUCACCCCUUUGUUAGGCAGAAUCCCACCAGCAAUACUCAGUGACUGGGAAUCAGGGAACCUGUGUCCCUACACCAGUGGUUUUCAACCAGUGUGCCGUGGCACCCUGGGGUGCCUUGAAUGAAAGUCAGGGGUGCCAUGGGCAACACUGGCCUCUGACUCUCUUUCCUUCUAUUCCUCCUCCCUUGCCCUCUCAUGUCUCUGCCUCCCAAAGGCUUGCACAGCUGUUCGUUGCUGCAGCCCUGGCUGUAAGCUCCCCAAGCGGAUGGUGCCUCUGGGGCAGGCCAAGGGGUGCUUCCCAGCCCCCUGUGGGGCAGUCUGAGGAGGCACUUCUCUUUGGGGCAGUGGGGGGAAGCUCAGAGACUAGGAGUAGCAGCAGUGGCUGCCCAGAGGGCUUCCAGGGAGAGAGGCGAGGAGGCUGAGGGAACACUCCGCAAGGGAGGCUGUUUGAAAAGGAACGAGAGGCUGCCAGCUCUGCAGCCAAGGGGGUGACGUAACUGGGCUCCUGAGUCCCACAGGGGUGCCCCAGAAAAAAAUGUAGUUGGUCAAGGGAGCAGUGGAAUCAAAAAGUUUGGAAACCUCUGGCCUACACUAUUUGAAGGCCUGCAGGUCCCUGUCCCUGACUCUUCUUACCAUGAGAAAUUCCGUAAAUGGUACAUGCUUGAGCAUUUACUGUUCUUGCUAUCAAGGCUGGUGCAUUAGUCAUUGGAAAUCCCACAUACUGUGAACCUUUCAGUACAGCAUAUCAACAUCCUUCUUUUUCUCUUGGUUGUGAAGUUUCUUAGCUGGGUUCCUGCUGGGUUCUCCCACUUCCCCCGUUUUGCUGUACUUUUGACAGGAAGCGCCUGACUCCUCUGUGAGUGUGUGCAUGUAUAUGCACUUAGACAAGCAACGAAGGAUGCAAUUUGCCUUUUCCUAAUGUACUGCAGGUUGCACUAAAAAUCAUUCAGGAACGCAGGAAAGUCCUAUGCACUUCUGAUAAAGCUUACCUACCUUGCUAGUUGCUGCAUAAUGCAAGGCAUCCCUAUCCAGAAAGCUUAACAGCGCUGAUUGUUGUGAGGAAAGUGAGCUGCAGAGCUGAAAGUUGUCAUUCCUGAGACUGGGAUGUGUGUCAGCACAGCAUUGAAUGAUACCUAACUAUAAUGAGAGGGAGCAAAGCAGGGCUUCAUUAACCUCAGCCAGCGUGAGCAAGGGCCAUGGGACUUUUACAUGAGCAACAUCUAUAAGGCUGCAGCUUCCCAGUGCAGGUGUGAAAGAUGCAGGUGCAUAUUGACAAUAUAGCACCUUUGUAGCUCCUCAUCUCUCUCUUGUUACAGUGCAGUUUGGAAGGCAAGCUUAUCAAGAGAGCCUCUGGCAACUUUUUGGCCUAUUCCGCAGGGCUAUGCCCAACAAAGUUGUCCCGUUUGCACCACAGCUUCUGCUUGGGCCAUAGAACUUCUCCCCUCGCAGGGCUCCCAAGUUUGUUCUGGGGUUUCCCCCACCCUGUGGAAUGGUUGUGGAGGAGAAGUUCUGUCGUGCAGGAACAAACAGGACAUUUGUCAUACGGUUCAACACUGGCAUGUAUGUUGUUCUAGCUCUGUUGACCUCAAACGUUCGUUAGAAUCCGUGCAAGUUAGCUGGAUGGUCAGUGAGAGUGAGAUUUACUUUUCUUUAGAGACAAGAGGCUUAGGCUGCAGUCUUAUCUCCUCUUAGCUGGCUAUGAGUCUCAUUGAACUCCAAAUACUUUUGAAGAGGUAUGCAUAGAGUCGUGCUUUGGAGCCAUCGCUGUUGGCCAGUCACCAGUAUUAAGAGCCUACCAAGAGCUGUAAACCUGUCUUCUUUUACCCUGCCAAGUGAAGGAGAAUUUUACCAUACUUCAUUGAGGCCAGAUACGAACGUUACAGGUCCUAUUGCUCUGUUAGGAGCAUAAUGUUGCCACCUGUGGAGGUGGUUUUAGACAAGCCCUGCAUAACACAUGGCAUGUCCCCAAGCCUUCCUCCUAGUCCGCAAAGGUGUUCUUAAUUCUGGUGUAGAAACAUCCUACGGACAGAGGUAAAAUUGAAAUGGAAGCAUAGCCCUUGACUAAUUUCCACACAUUUGAAGCUAGGAAAAGAAAGCCAGGAAUACUCCCUUGGAAUAAUUACAGGAUACUUCCUCUUUCCAAGUUUUGUUCUCUGUGAACCUUUCAUUAUUAUUAUUAUUAUUAAGUUGAUUUAUUAUUUUAUUAUUUUCAACAAAAUAGUAAUAAAUAAAAAUAAAAAUGUGCACCCCACCCCCAAGACCAUUCCAUUGUAACUAUCCAACCUCCCAAAAUUUCAACACCUCUUGCAAUGGUUUGACCCCUUUUGUGAACCUUACUUUCAACGCUUCCCAUGUGAGCAGAACAAUGUGCAAGGUAGCAUGAAAUUCCUAAGGUCAAAAGCCAGAGGAAUUCCAAGCUCCACAAGGCAAAUAACUCCUAGAUCUGACCCAAUUAGAAAAACUGGGGGAGCAGGAGUUAUAUUCACAUCUCUAUUUCGUACAGGGCAACGCAGAGAACCUGUUGGCAAACACUUCUUAGUCAAGAGUCACUUGUGUUAACCAUGGUUUAUUGAAAGGGGGUCUUCCUCAAAACCCUUCAUAUCCAAAGCACGAUUGGGGAGCUGUAUUAUGUCGAGUCGGACGAUUGCUCCAUCUGGCUCAGUACUGGCAUCAGCUCUCCACGGUUUCAGACAAGAGUCUCCUUCCCAGCCCUGCCUGGCGGGGAUUGACCAACCAGAUGCUCUGCCACUCAGCCAUGGCUCUUCCCCAACCAUGGUUCUCUUAACCCUGGGGUCCCCAGCUGCUUUUGGACUACAACUCCCAUCCGUAGCCACAAGGACCAGUGGUCAGGGAUGAUGGGAAUUGUGGUCCAAAAACAACCGGAGACCCAACUUUGAGAAACUCUGUCUUUGCCAUACCUUCAAUGUGAGACCUAUUCCUUUUCUUUUUAUGUCUUUCCUCCUUUAUAUGCUCACUCUUCUCCUUGUUAUUUUUCUGCUGCUCUUCUCUCAAGAACGUGCAAGCCCAGAAGAAAAUGGCAGUGUUGCUGCUACUACUGUGAAUGGCUUUAGAGCAAGGCCUAACCCAGCUGAGGGUCUCAAUGUAUUUGCUGAAGGCCAAUGCUCUAUAAGGUGCUAAAAGGUUUAGAUUUAGAGAAGGGAAUUUUGGGCAGGGGGUGGUGGUGGGAGCCACCUUUAAGCAAGGGAUAUAAAACAACACAACUGAUAAUAAAGAACCUCCCACAAGCUGAUGGCCAUGGUGGGUAUUUUACCCUUUUUAUUGGGGACAGAGGUGCAAUAGGGCUGGCUGGUCUUUUAAUGAAAUACCUACCUAGAUAACAGCAUUUUUAAACCAAUGUUACUCUGGAGAAACCUGUAAAACUGGUUCAUCGCUUCUAUACCUUGGAGGUAUACUGAAUGUUUCGCUGCCUGUUUGGCAAGGACACUCAAAUUGAAUGUGAAACCUAUCCGAGCUGUUUAUGCACAAAAAUUCAAAGCAAUGACAACUAUCUCUUUUUUUGUACAGUAUUCUGUAACUGUUGUACAUAAAGGCAGAAUGAAUGAAUAAAUCUUUUUUUAAAAUAAUA